AAAGGACCUCAUUCAAUUCUAUCUGCUGCAAUAUUCUCUUGUUAUUUUCAUUUCCUUUCUGUCUCUCAAGGGAAGCGAGUAAUGAUAAAAUUUGCGCAAAUUCUAACGAGUGCCUCUUGCAAGUUCUUUCCAACUAUGUUGCAGUUGUGAAAGAGCUGGAGGUGCAGUACAAGUUCAUCGCUAAGCUUUCCAGGCCUGCAGAAAAGCUAAAGGCAAGAUGCACAUACAAUGCCGAGCAUCUCAUUGCACAAUCUCGGAUUCAGACCCUGAUUGUGCCCAAGUUAUCCUCAGAUGACUGAAUAAGCGUUCAUUGUGUACCUCCUGUUCGUGAUGCCUCGGAUUGGGCCCAUGGUAUUGUCACGUGAUAAGUAUUCACAACCUUGGGGUCGCCUCUCCUGGAACAUGAUUAUUUGCUGAUCUUUAUUCGUCUAGAUGCAUUGUCAUGUUAGAAAAAUGGUUGAGAAUACAUUUUGCUGCUCUGGUGUCGUGACUUUGGCGUCAGAAUGAGGCUUUGCCUUCAUUACCAGCUCCGGUGUGAUGCAUGCAACCAUGAAACUCUUCCCAAGACAGAUAACAGGAAUCCCAUCCAAAUGGAUUCAAUUCAGCAUGGAAAGUUUUCAAAAUUGCCAGAUUCGACUUCCACUUCAUUCUACACUCCCCUUGACAUCAGCAAGUCUCAAAUUCGUUUGAUUCACAUCCGGCCUCGUUCAGGCAGCGACAGCAACACCAUUAUCUGCACUCUUCAGCUUGCCGAUCUUGACGACGAAACCUGUGUCUACGAUGCACUGUCCUACGAAUGGGGAGUAGAAACAGACAAUCCUCCACUCAUCAUCCUCAACGGGCAGGAGACACCAAUUAGAGAGAAUUUGUGGCAGGCUCUGAGAACUAUGGGAUCUAAGCAAUCCAAUCUACCCAUAUGGAUCGAUGCCCUUUGUAUAAAUCAGAAGAAUGACGUAGAACGAAGUUCUCAGGUCAGUAUGAUGGGUCAGAUAUAUCAACGUGCUUCAUGUGUUAUUGCAUGGCUUGGGACCGAUGUGUCCUUGGAAGACAGUACCUUAGCAGCGACGCAGGAAGCCUUCCAGCUGGCAGAACUUCUGUACGGCACAUCUAAGUCAGAUCGCUAUUACUACCGUCCGGAAGCAGCUUAUUGGCGUCCGUAUCAAUAUGCAUCCUCGGUGGCGCGCCCGAAUGUUCCAAUCACAUAUCAGCAUCCUGGAUGGACUGGAGUAUUUUCUUUGUGCCAGAGAUCGUAUUGGACUCGCCUGUGGAUUUUGCAGGAGCUCGUUCUAGCUACUCGCAUCAUCAUCCAGAUAGGACAAUUGCAGUUGAACUGGGCGGCCCUCGAGCAUAUCCACGAUCAAAUCACAAACGCGAAACAAGUCGGUGGCAACAAUCUAAGACUGAAUUACUACGCCCAGGCCACUCGCUCAAACAAGAUGGUACAAGACCUCUCAGGCACGGUUCCGUUCAAGAUUCUCCAGCAGCGGGUUGCUCGGCGGGCCAUAAGUCACGAGUUGUACACUCUAUUCGAGUUGGUGCAGAUGUACAAAUCAGCGGAAUGCGUUGAUGUACGAGAUAAAGUGUUUGGACUGAUUGGACUCUGUUCUCAGUGCUGCAGAGAGAAUGUCGUUGUGGAUUACCAGAGAACACCAUUGGAUACUUGUCGCAUGUUGCUGGAGCACUACCUAUCUCGGCACAGUAUCCACGGCCUUAACCUCAAGAAUGGGAGCAACGUCGACCUAUUCACGCUUGUGAAAGAGGUAGUGGCUAUCUUCACUGACGGAGGUAACGAGUUCCCGCUUCCAGUGACUGGAGAUCCUUUCCCAGAAGUCUCCGAGGGAUCAAAACCAGAUUCGGUUGCUAUGAUAGCCUGUUCGCCUCGAUGCUCUAUCAGUCUGGAAUUUCAAGGAGAUAUCAAUCACUUUUCUCGAGUAUUUUUCGAUCGCCACUCAGGCAAGGGUUAUGUUCUUCGCCUCCUUCAUUUGACCGGCCUACCCGAUCCUACUCAUAAGUAUUGGAUGUGCAAAAUCAACGGCGUACAACUUCUGAUCCUUCGUGAGCUACAUGAACGUCUUUGUUUUGUGGGAAUCGCACAAGAUACAGAGGAGGAGUAUGAUGAGCCAGACUUAGCGAAAGCGGUAAAUGUCCAAGUCGGCGAGCACGUCCAGGCUGUAGAAGAGAUGUCAUCCAAAAUGUGUUUGUAUUUGAAUUUCAGAGCACUGACGGAUGUCACUCUGGUCUUAAAUCGUACCAACGUCGAUAAUCCUAUUUGCUUGCUUUUGAGCUGGAACUGCUUGUCGUGCGAUUACUGUUGGAACAGACGAUUUUACUUCGGCAUCAAGCCCAGAUGGUCGCUGGCUGCAUCGGAUGCGAAGAUGAUUCAGGAUUUCAACAAUGCUACCCAAAAGAUGGUUGGAGACAAAGAAGUUGGUACAAAGUAAGGAUUGAUAUAGUGCAAUUACCUCAGAAUAGUUUUGAAUCAACCAGACUGCGAUUUUGGCCCUGUGCCAGUUCGCAUCCCUCCGGCGGUGAGCUGGAUGUAGCGGCGUAUGCUCUUCUUACACAUCUCAGCACAUUUUAAAGGCACAAGACAGUGGACUUAAAGUCACAUGAAGCAAUUCACGCUUUAAUUUGGUUAUUUGAGACUUUAAUUUUAAUGCGCUAUGUUACAACUGUGCCACCAUCCUCCCUAAAAUCUCAUGCCAUCAAUAGCAACUUGAAAGUACAAACCCAUGCCUAUCCUGUCGAGGCAUACUUGGUCCCUCUGG